CAGCUCGGUGGAUUUCUGGUAACGACGGAUUUCAUGAAGAGCCACUGUAUCAGGCCUGUAACGAUGAGGUUUCUUGACUCCUCCAGUGGCAGGCGCGCUCUUACGAGCUGCCUUUGUGGCCAGCUGUUUUCGUGGAGCUUUUCCACCAGUUGAUUUACGGGCAGUUUGCUUUGUACGUGCCAUUUCUGCGAACUCAAAAGUCAACGAAUAAUUUUUCGACGAUAAUCCUUAACUCAACUCAACGAAUAAUGGAUACGACUAUACUUCCUUACCGAUAUUUCAUUCUUAGCGCGCUGUUUCCUGAUUGGUUAUAAACUAUACAAUUUCAUUGGAUGACCGAGACUGCUUGUAAAAAUGUCAUUGAUCUGACUUGCAUUUCGAUCCGGUAUGCCACUUUAAUAUUUUUUCAUUCAUGAGAAACAAUAAUUUGUUAGCUUUCGUCCUUAAUUGUUAGAAAGUAUUUUCUUAAAAUCCGUCGAGGAGUUAAGUCGCACGUUUGUUAGUGAUAAUGUCAAUAUUUUGCUCCUCUAACAUGUUCGGUCUUGUCUGGUGAGGCAAUAUGUUAUUAAUAAUUUUCUUGACCCCAUGACUCUUUUGUUUGUAUCCACCAAUGGGAAACAACUAAUUACAAUUAUUUUAGCCUGUUUCCCGAGAGGUCAUUGUUUGUGGUAUAAAAACAAGAAUUCUCGAUUUUUGAGUCAUUAUUCUGUUUCAAGAAAGAUCAUCAACACGUCUGGUCGCGGUAAAGGAGGCAAAGGUCUAGGAAAAGGAGGCGCCAAGCGUCAUCGAAAGAUUCUUCGUGACAACAUCCAAGGCAUCACCAAGCCUGCCAUCCGUCGUCUUGUCCGCCGUGGAGGUGUCAAGCGAAUCUCUGGCCUCAUCUAUGAAAAGACUCGUGGUGUUCUCAAAGUUUUCCUUGAGAAUGUGAUCCGUGAUGCUGUUACCUACACUGAGCACACCAAACGGAAAACUGUGACGGCCAUGGAUGUGGUGUACGCUCUCAAACGUCAAGGAGGUACUCUGUACGGAUUUGGCGGUUAUAUCUUUGCGUUACCCACCCAAACAAACGGUUCCUUUAGGAGCCACCAAAUCUUUAAAAGUCAUAGCCAAUAAAGUGAUAUUACUCUCGUAUUGAAUGUACACCGCGCGUGAGGUUUUUCGUUGAAGAAAAGACAGUCAGUAACAUUAUUAAGCAUAAUGUGGAAAUGUAAGGAAAUUUCACAAUCUUAUCGUUUUCUAUUUUUGUAUGAUUUCGUUGUAGAGGUUCUAGCAAAAAUUCUAGAAUGUUUUUGCUUCAAAGCAAUCAACUGUAUAACGGACCGUCGUUGAGGCAUGAAAUUGUUCGCCGUCAUCGUUAUAAACUGAACAGAUUUGCAUUCGGUGUAACGAGGGUGGUAUAUGAAACACUUACGAAAACCCACCGACAUUAAAUGCAUAUAUUCCGACUUAAAUGUUCACUGAUUAAUUCACAGUUUGCGCAAUUUCUACCCCUCUCUAAAAUGUGGCCGUUUCGUGCGCGGUUUAUUUUCUUUCCUUAUAUAAAGUAACCGAAACUCCGCGCACUGAUUAGCGCCAAUACCCAGAAACAUUUCAUAGCUGAUGCUUAAGUUAUAUAAGCUUUCUUUUUUCAUCAAUGGAGUUUUAACCGUAACCUAUAACUAUUAUCGUGCAGGCUGAAUCAGGGAUCACUCUCUGGCUAACAGUACUUAUUCGAAGAAGUAAAGGUCUGCUAAUUAAUUAAUAAUAACAGUAAUAAUAAUAACAUGUUUAAACAGGAUGACCAUUUCGAUUAUAAAAACUGCUAUCAAUUUGGGUCCUGUAUGAAAAUAAUUGAAUAAAUCGAUAAAAACUUAAUUACAUGCGAAACUGGGAUACAUUAUAUAAUUACAAUCAACAAAAAAGGUACCCUCCUUAUGAACAAAACUACAUACAAUCAUUAAAAAGGGUAGCCCCCUUAUAAAAAAAGGCCCUCUUAGUCAACUCGAGAUUGACUUUAUCAAUACAUAACCUAUCCUUCGACCUAGUGUCAUAGUCAUGAAUAUCAUAAGUUCGCCGUCAAAAAUAAUCUGAGAAAUAACUUGAAGCUUGUCCAUCAAGACAAUUCUUGACAAGUUUGACGAUAUGUUUCUCUCUUCUCGUCUUAAGAGGGUCCCAACCAAGACCGGAAGCCAUAUCUUGAGUGGACAAAUACACAGUCUUUAACACUAUCCUAGCAGCACGACUCUGCAGGCCUUCCAAUUCUUCUUCAUUUUCUUUACCACAGCCAUGAAAAACAGAACAACAGUAUUCCAAAUUUGGUAGUAUCAUCGAUUUAUACAGUCGGUUCGAUGCUUCAGUUGUUAAUGAUGAUCUAAUUCUUGAGAACAUCCCCAGUGUUUUAGAAACUUUCUUCUUCAUAUAGUCAAUAUGCAAAUUAAGGGAAAGACCGUUGUCCAAAACUACGCCUAGGUACUUAAAGGCAUCACAGUGUUUCACAGAUUCUCCUCCCAACGUUAUAUGAGCCCCAUCGAUGUCUUAGCGACAUAGUCUCUGGUGGGUGCCAAAAACCAUGAACUCAGUCUUCUUUAAAUUCAGAAUCAGUUUAUUUCUAGACAGCCACUCAGACAGAUUAAUCAGUUCCAAAUUUAACUGUAACUCAAUUUCCGAUACUAGUGGAGCUGAGAAAAAGAUAACUGUGUCAUCAGCAUACAUCAUAACUUUACAGAAAUCAACACAGGAAGGUAGAUCAUUAAUAUACAACGUAAAUAAAACCGGACCAAGGAUACUCCCUUGAGGCACUCCACUUAGGACAGCAAAGGGACUCGACAACUCGUUAUCCAGGGAGACAGCUUGAAAUCUGUCGGAUAGAUAGCUUGUGAACCAUUUAAUCGAAUUUUCUCCAAAGCCAAAUCUUUUCAAUUUGGAUAAGAGUUCCUUGUGCGGCAUAGAAUCAAAGGCCUUUCUUAGAUCAAUAAAAAAAGCACCUGUUAACUUUCCCGACUCUGCACUUCUUCUAAUGUCAUCGGUGAAAUAGAUUACAGCACUCUCCGUUGAAUGGUGUUGUCUAAACCCUGGCUGAAAUGGACUCAAAAGGUCAAACCUCUCUAGGUACCUUUGUAAUUGAACGUUGACAGCUUUCUCCAUAAUUUUGGACAUAAUUAACCGGCAAAAUGGAGAUUGGUCUGUAGUUGUCCAUACUUUCAUGUCCGCCAGACUUAUAAAAGGAGCGAUGCUGGCGAUCUUCCAAUCACAUGGAACAAUUCCAGUAAUGAGCGAUAAGUUUACAAGAAAUGUCACAGUGGGAGCGAUAACCGAAGCGCCGUCCUUCAAAAACCGAGCCGAAAUCCCAUCCAAACCAAUGGUCUUUUUCACUUUUGAGUCCUUCAAGCAACUGAAGGACUCAAAAGUGAAAAAGACCACUGGAUUGGACUUUAUUUUUAAAGUUUUGGGAAACUGGUUGCAGCACAAAACUUUCAUUAGUAAACUUUUCAUCAGAGAGACCAAGAAUGGUAGUUGGUUGAACGGAUUCCAGGGGCUUGGACACAGUGUUCGUGAAAAAGAUGUUAAAUUUCUCGACAAUAGUUUAUUUACUAGUGAUGGUUUCACCGUCGUCCGUUAUUAUUAUUUGGGAAAAUGCUCUUCAUAGCUCUCCAAAAUGAUUUCGGGUUGGCCAAAUUAUCCUGAAUUUGGUUUCUCUGACAACGACGCUUCUCAAUUUUCAUCCUGUUGGAAACUUGAUUUUGUAAUCGCCAAUAUGUACUCCAGUCAACCUCAGAUUCAGUUUUCCUCGCUUUCCUUAGGAAAGAAUCGCGUUCAUUCAUAAGCUUUUUUGUUGCAGAUGUUAACCAUAGACAUAUAAUUCCCGUCAACACUUUAAGGCCAAUAGGAGCACGUUUAUUACAGACUGAUAGAAAUAACUCCUUCCAUUUCGACCAAGCGGAGUUUACAUCCCUUUCGCUGUACACAUCAUCGCAUCCCAGGAACAUUUCUUCAAAAUCUUCAAUGAAAGUCAUUUGGUCAUAAUUUGAAAAAUUUCUGCCUUCAAUGGAGCGUGGAGGAAGUUUACCAGCAUUAAUUUUCCUGACCACAACAAGCAAUUCAUGAUCACUUAAAGUGGAUGGAAUAACUUUAGCAAGAGUAACAUUUUUAGGACUAUUAGUAGCAAACAAAUCGAGUAGGGUAGAGCUAGACUGGUAGCUAGAGUAGGAUAUAUUGUUCUCUUUAUAUUCAUGACUCUUUCUUAUAUGUGGUGGCUCCUAAAAGAGCCGUUUGUAUUUACGCCACAUAGGACUGUUUAGGCUUUUGAUUUCUUCACGGUCUUCUUGGGCAGAAGAACAGCCUGGAUGUUGGGAAGAACACCUCCUUGCGUGAUGGUGACGCCAGCAAGCAGUUUGUUCAGCUCUUCGUCGUUGCGGACAGCAAGCUGAAGGUGACGGGGAAUGAUUCUGGUUUUCUUGUUGUCACGAGCAGCAUUGCCCGCCAACUCGAGGAUCUCAGCGCUCAAAUACUCAAGCACCGCAGCCAAGUAGACUGGAGCACCAGCGCCAAGACGCUCAGCAUAGUUGCCUUUGCGAAGAAGACGGUGGAUACGUCCAACAGGGAACUGAAGUCCUGCUCGGGAUGA